AUGUUGGAUAUAAUUGCAAGACUUCCACCAAAAAAUGUUGCUCAAUGUAAGCUUGUCUGCAAGGAGUGGUUAGAUUUCAUUUUAGAUCGUAAGUUUGUAAGGGCUCAUUGUCAUUACAUGCGUGCAUCGGCUGAUCAAAAAUUGUUGAUGGUUGGUUGGAAGACUAUCGAAGUACAUUCCUUAAAUUAUAAGUCCCCGGGAUUUAUUGUACCAAGAGGUGUUGCCCGCCCGUUCUAUGCUCAUCCUUCUAGAAUGUUUUUUUUGGCAAGUUUGGAUGGUAUGUUGUGUGUUUGUCUGCAAAACACUUGUGAGUUGGUUGUUUGGAAUCCAUUGACGACUAAGUUCAAGAAGUUGGCAAAUUCUAAUUCGCAAGGUUUCUACAAAGUUGAUAGAGAUGCUCUAGGAUUUUUUGUUGACUCUUCUGAUGAUUACAACAUUUUACAUAUUAAACGUAGACGAGGUACAAUGACCGUUUAUAUUUAUUCGAUGGAGUUGAAUUCAUGGAGUACUGUACGCUUCCUAAAACACCGUCCGUACCACCAUUAUACGUACCUUUGGUCGCCAGCAACUUUGUGUGGUGGUGGUUUGUAUUUUGUCGUUACCCAAUGUCGUGGUCGUUCAGAUGGAUUGUCGGUUAUUCGUUUUGAUGUGAAUUCAAAGUCGUUUUCUGAAUUGUGUUUCCCCAAUGUAUAUGACGAUGAAGUUAGUGGAAGUUUAGUUAACAUAAACGAGGAGCUUCAUAUGUAUGUUUGUAUCGGAAACUAUGACUAUAGACGAGAAAUUGUAUUGUGGAGGCUUAAAAAUAAAAGUUGGAUGAAGGUUUUUGCAUAUCCUGAUAAGUUGUGGAUGCCAUUAUCAACUAUGUGUUCUUUCACAUAUUACAAUUUGCCAGGGACAUGUCUUGUGAUAACGAAUUUUGGACAAGUGAUUGAAAUUGAUUUGCAACGGGAUCAUCUAGGUUAUUUCUGCCGUGUUGAUAUGAGUGCACCUAUAUCAAAUGAUUCCGAUUCAAUUUCUUCGGUCCCUUCGCAUGAGACGUCAGCAUCUACACGUGUUGAAUGUCGUAGGGGCCGUGGACGUAUGGGCCGUCCUCGAUUGCGGGAGCGACUUCCUGUUGUGACGCCUGAUGUUGCAUCCUCUCAACGGUGUUCUUACGUUGGUAGUUCUAGCAGAAGUGUGGUACGCUAUAUGCGUAUGUCAAAUGAAAAUGUGCAACCUUCUCCGAUCCCUUCAGUUUCGGAUUCAUUUGCGGUUAUACGUACCACUCAGGAAAAUAUAUCUUCUAAUGCAACGACUGAAGUAGGGCGUAGACGGACGGGCCAAAUGGGUCGUCCUCGAUUACGUGAUCGCCCUUCUGAUUUAACAAGUGAGGCUACAAGUACUCAAAGACGUUGCAAUGUUGAUCGUAUCAACAGAGGUGUUGUGCAUUAUACCAGUAGAACAAAUGGAGCUGCGCAAUCUUCAUUAGGUUCAACGGUUUCACAAACAUCUGGAUGUCUACAUUCGAAUCAAGUUGAAGUACCUUCCCGUGCAAGUGUCUUUCAAGACGAAAAUAGAUAUUGGCGAUGUCCGUCGUAUUGGGAUAUCGGUGAUGCAAACCAUAGUUGUGUUCAUUGUGGAGCUAUGCUUUGGUAUGAGGAACGAACUAUAAAAAGUUUAACUCCUCGUGUUCCAAGUUUUUCAUUAUGUUGUAGUGAAGGAAAGGUUUGCUUGCCAUUUCUUCGACAUCCUCCUCAAACAUUGGGUCGUCUUCUUGAUUACAAUGGGGAAACACGAUCUCGCGUGUUUAGAGAAAACAUAAAGCUUUUAAAUGCGAUGUUUGCAUUUACCUCAACCGGUGGGAGAAUAUCUACGGAUUUAAAUGAUGGUCGUGGGCCUUAUACAUUUCGUUUGAAUGGCCACAACCAUCAUAAUAUUGGAUCAUUGUUGCCUAUGCAUCCUGAUGGACGCCCUAGAUUUGCUCAAUUGUACGUUUAUGACACGGAAAAUGAGAUUGAUAAUCGCUUUUAUGCUUUGCGAAAUUGUGUGUCACCAACGUCUGAUCAAGUCAUCCUGCGCACAUUAGUGAAUGACUUGCUGUUGAUGCUUGAUGCGAACAAUGCAUUAGUGCAGGCUUUUAGGAUGGCACGUGAAAGGUUUAAUGACAACUCAAUGCAACGUCUUACGCUUCGCUUGCUUGGUACGCGAAAUAGAAGAGAAGGACAAUAUUCUUUGCCUACUGUUCCUGAAGUGGCUGCACUGAUUCCAGGUGAUGGAAAUCCUACGGACUCACGUGAUAUUAUUAUUGAAGAACGUGGUAGUCGUAGUGCAAAGCGUAUAUCUGAAUUGCACCCAAGUUUUAUGGCGUUGCAGUAUCCUUUGUUGUUUCCGUAUGGAGAAGAUGGAUUCCAUCUUAAUAUUCCUCUAUGUAAUAUAUCUCCAUCAAGUAGGCGGCAAUCGGUUUCAUUAAGAGAAUAUUAUUCUUACCGUUUACAACUUAGGAGGAAUGAAGGUAAGACAUUACCCAAAUCUGGCCGUUUAUUUCAGACGUAUGUUGUGGACUGUUAUUCAGCUAUCCUUGAACAUGAGAUGAAUUGGUAUAAACAAAACCAAAACACUAUUCGUUCGGAUUUGUAUAAUGGUUUAUGUGAUCGUAUCGCUGAUGGUGAAACAAGUUGUGAAGCAGUUGGUCGACGUGUUAUCCUGCCAGCUACAUUUGCCGGUGGGCCAAGACAUAUGAUUCAACAGUAUCAGGAUGCAAUGGCUAUUUGUCGUUGGGCUGGGGCUCCGGACCUUUUUAUUACUAUGACAUGCAAUUCAAAAUGGCCGGAAAUUACCCGACACAUUCAAGCAACAACCCCUGGUAUGAGUGCGUCCGACCGCCCUGACAUUGUUGCCCGUGUUUUCAAAAUUAAACUUGAUGAACUUAUCAAAGACAUAAGGAAAAGGAAUAUUUUUGGACACACGAAAGCAGUUAUCUAUACAAUCGAGUUUCAGAAACGAGGACUUCCACACUCUCAUAUUCUGCUUUUUUUACAACCUGAAGAUAAGAUAAAUACGGUUGACAAUAUCGAUAAAUAUAUAUCUGCGGAGCUUCCUUCGGAGGUGGAAGACCCUAUAGCUUUCGCUAUUGUUCGUUCACAAAUGAUGCAUGGUCCAUGUGGUUUGCUCAACCCUUCAAGCCCUUGUAUGCAUAAUGGUGUAUGUAGUAAAGGGUACCCAAAGAAUUAUUGUGAGGAGACAUUCAUCCGAAAUGAUGGUUGGCCGUGUUAUAAGAGGCCCAAUAAUUCAAGAGUUGUUAAAGUUGGUUCUCAAGAUAUUAAGCUUGAUAAUCGGUAUGUUGUUCCGUAUAACCGUGAAUUGUUGGUGAAAUAUGGUUGUCACAUUAAUGUGGAGUGGUGCAACCAAGGGAUGUUAGUCAAGUAUCUUUUUACUUAUAUAAACAAAGGUCCAGAUCGUGCAACUGUGGUUUGGAAGAUUUUUGAAUUUGAAAUGAAGUACCGUGAUGUUGCUGUUGAGCGGUUACCUUUUCAUGAGGAAGGGUGUAAUAGAGUGUAUUUUCAUGAUAAUGAUGAGGUUGAGGAAGUUGCCCAACGUGCUACGGCUAGCAUGUCAAAAUUUACUGAAUGGUUUCGUGCAAAUGAAAGGUUUCCGCAUGGUCGUUCUUUGACAUAUGUAGAAUUUCCAACAAAGUUCACUUGGCAUGAAAAGGAGAAGGAGUGGUUGCCACGACAUAGGGUGACUUCUAUUGGCCGCAUUUAUUAUGUGAGCCCAUCAAUGGGUGAAAAGUAUUACCUCCGUAUGUUAUUAAAUGUUCAACGUGGGCCAUUAAGCUUUAAAGACAUUCGUACGGUUGAUGGUGUUGAGCAUCCAACUUAUAUGUCUGCUUGCAAUGCGUUGGGUUUGUUAGGAGAUGAUGUUGAGUGGGUAGAUUCAAUACGUGAAGCUUCUCAAUGGCAGUUGGGGAAUCAACUUCGUGAUUUAUUUGUUUGCAUUCUAUUGUUUUGUACGGUUAGCAAUCAACGGCGGUUAUUUUUUGAUUGUCUACCUUACUUAUCAGAUGAUAUUGCUUACAAUCGACGCACAAUGCUGCAGAAUGAUGAUGUGGUAUUCACAGAUGAAGAGAUUCUCAAUUAUACAUUGAUUGAGAUUGAAAGAGUUUUAAUUGGUCAUGGUAAAAGUUUAUUAGAUUUUCCUAAUUUGCCUCAAAUUGAUCGUCAAUUGGUUGAUACUAUGGAAAAUCGGUUGAUUAUGGCUGAGCGCACCUUCAAUAUUGAAGAAGAAAUGACGCUUUUUCAUGAUUUAUUUCGUGGAUUGAAUGUUGAACAAAGGGAGGUGUUUGAUUAUACUCUCAUUUCCUGUUUUCGUUCACGUGGCCAAAUCGUCUUGUCUGUUGCUUCUUCUGGGAUUGCCUCUCUUCUACUACCUGGUGGUCGUACAGCGCAUUCGCGUUUUAAGAUUCCCUUUGAACUUGAUAAGGAUUCUUGCUGCUCGAUUGAUGUUGGGACGGAUCUUGCUGGGCUGAUUAAUGAUGCCGCGCUUAUAAUAUGGGAUGAGGCACCGUUGCAACAUCGUUAUGCAUUUGAAGCGGUUGACCGUACUUUUAGAGAUAUUUGUCGAAAUAAUAUACCUGGUGCAGACCGUCGAGUAUUUGGAGGGAAAUGUGUCGCUCUUGGAGGAGACUUUCGGCAAAUUCUUCCUGUUAUUCCGCUUGCUCCGCGUAGUGAGAUUGUUGCUUCGGUUGUGAAUAAGUCAUCGACUAUAUGGGGUUCGUGUAAGGUGUUUUCUUUAACGAUUAAUAUGCGGUUGAAUAGUUCAAGUGUUAAUGACGAUGUUGUAAUACAACAUCGAGAUUUCAAUAAGUGGAUUUUAGAUAUGGGGUCUGGUCGUCUUCCUGCAAUUUCGCUAGACGGGGAAGAUGAGAGAACUUGGAUUAAUAUACCUCGCGAUCUAUUGAUUCCUGUUUCAGAUAAUCCUAUUGAAUCAGUUGUUUCAGAUACAUUUCCUAAUAUAGAAGAACGAUUCACUGAUGUUUCUUACCUACAGGAGCGCUGUAUUUUAUCAUCGACUAACAAUGAGGUUGAUACGAUUAAUCUACAUGUUCUUGAUAAGUUGCCAGGUGACAAUCAUGAGUUAUUUAGUCUCGAUUCCAUUUGUGCAAGUACAAAUAAUAUUGAAGAAAUGCAGGCUAUGUAUCCUACGGAGUUUCUUAAUACUGUACAUUUUUCUGGCUUACCGAAUCACAUAUUAAAGUUAAAGGUUGGGGCACCGAUCAUACUGCUACGUAACUUGAAUCUCAAGAAAGGAUUGUGUAAUGGGACCCGUUUAGUGGUUACUCAAAUAAGUCGUCGUGUUAUUGAGGGCGUUAUUAUUACGGGUACGCAUGUUGGAGAAAGAGCUUUUAUUUCAAGAAUCGAUAUGACUCCAACUUCUACAUGUUGGCCUUUCCACUUUAAGAGAAGACAGUUUCCCGUGAAACUAUGUUUUGCUAUGACAAUUAAUAAAAGUCAGGGCCAAACAUUUAAACAUGUUUGUGGUUACUUGGUAAAGCCUGUUUUUUCACAUGGUCAACUUUAUGUGAUUGCCUCCCGUGUUACAUCUCGAUCUGGUCUACGAUUUUAUGUUGAUAAUGAUGGCAAGUGUUCUAACGAAUUAACAAGAAAUGUUGUUUAUAAGGAAGUUUUUUAUAACUUACCUUUGAUGUCAAGUGAUGCAUUGGAUUGUUCAAUUCAUGCAAAAAUUCCUUUUCAUUUGAUGCAUCUUUUUACUAAUCGUUUGGAGGAUGGUUGCGUGUAUAGGCUAUAUGGUUUUGAGGUUACCGUGCCUGUUUUAUUUAAAGCUAACACACCCCAAAAUGAAGACUCGCAAGUUGUUAGUAUUGCUGAUGUUUAUCGAUUUAUUCAGGCAGGAGUUUAUAAGGGGACAUUUUAUAACAUCUUUGGUACUAUAGUUGAUAUUGAUUUGUUUGAUGAUUGGAAGUAUGUUAAAUGUUCUAAAUGUCGAAAGAAGGGUGUUAAUGAUCCUUUAUGGGCUCAGACAUAUUUGGUUGAUUCUUUAUGUGCUAGGAGUAUCAUGUUUUUGAAGGCAAUGAAGAUGAAUGCACAGAGUUUUUUUUCAAGAGUCUCAACUGAAGAAAUGGAUAUGGCUGAUGAAUUGUUAUGGGGUCCAAUCAUUUCAUCAGUCUCGUCUAAUGAGACACCAAUGGUACAGUCGUUUGAUUGUGAAGCGGAUAAUGGUUCUAUCAUUAAUUCAAGAAAGUCGAAUACUAGGGAUGUUACAACUGCUUCCACAUCUGUUGUUGAGUGUUCUAAUGAGUGUGAUCAAGAAGUGAGGCCUAAACGAGCAAGACGAAAGCCAAAGAAAUAUACUGAUUAG